AUGGUGGAUGAGCUCACACAGCUGCAAGAUGCAGUGAACUGGCUUGCAGAUCGGUUUUGGAAUACCACUGGAAUGUUGCAGCGGUGUGGUCCUCCUGCCUCUUUUAGUAAUAUUCAGACAGCAAUUAACAGAGAUCAGCCAGCUAAUCCCACAGAAGACCAUGCAUGCCCAGCUUUUUGCAGCAAUGACUGCAUGAACAGCAAAAGACAUUGA